AUGGGUUGUGCUGAGAGUAGGAAAACUGAAGAAAAAGAUAAAGCUGAAAAUGUUAAACUAAGAAAAGAGCUAUCCAAUUUCCCUGAAGAUAAAGAGGAAACACAAAAGGGUGAAACUUCAGAAGAAAAUGAUGGGGAGAAUGAUGAAGAGGAAGGAAGUCAAGAAGAAGGCGAAGAAGGCGAAGAAGGAGAGGAAGGAGAAGAAGAGGAAGAAGAAGAAGAAGAGGAAGGAGAAGGCGAGGAAGAAGGAGGAGAAGAAAGCGCUACUUUUGAUUACGAUUAUUAUAUAGAUGAUUCAAGCUCUAAAAAGGCAAUUUUCGAGUCGCUAAUUGAAAAUUGGAAAAAGCUGCAUGAGGUAAUUUCUUAUUCAGAUCACAAAAGAAAAAGCUUAUGUAAAUACUAGCUAUUCUCCUUCAGAUCUUUCCGGAAAUGAGACCGAUGACAGCCAACUAAAGCAAAGCUUCAUAAAUCAAUCUAAUCUAAGCAGGAUAAAUCAUAGCCAUAUGAAAAGCGGAAGCAGCCAGGGCAAUUUAUAA